GUCAACCAACAAGGUCAGUCGAUCGCACCGGCUUUAAAUGUUAAAUUAAUACCCUGCGUGCCGCCCGCCACUGUAAUAUUAACUUCUGUACGGGCAUAGUGCGUGUGCAAAUAAGUGUCCCUAUUUCAUUCAAUCGAGUGCACCAUAUAAUAUUUAGUGAAACACGAAACUAUAGUUAAUAUUUUAGUGAAUAAAAUGUUUAACGAAAAAUGUUUAAAAACUGGUAAAAAAUAAAUCAUUUUGGAUUCUUGUGACUUUUUGAUCCCUUAAAGGUAUGCAUGUCAUCCACAGGGGUUCAAAAUGCGAAUGUCAAUUUCUAUAUACAUACUCUUAAGCAUAUCCGGCGCUUCUCUACAAAGGUUCAACCUCUUUGAUUUCUGGACAAAUUUAUUUCGACCAUUGCCAAUUAAUGAAAAGGAAGGGUUCGUUCCCGACUAUCGUCCUAAAGACGGACAAGAGUAUGAUUUUAUCGUAGUAGGAGCAGGCUCGGCAGGUUGUGUUUUAGCUAAUAGGCUUUCAGAAAUACCACACUGGAAGGUUUUGCUUUUAGAAUCUGGAGGCAAUGAAAACUUUUUCUCAGAUAUACCAAUAUUUGCGCCUUUCCUUUCAAUAACUCCGAUGAAUUGGGGCUACAACUCGGAACCGGAGCAGAAAGCCUGCCGAGACCUAAGAGGACGCGUUUGCUAUCUGCCGCGAGGCAAAGUACUCGGAGGUAGCAGUGUCCUUAACUUUUUAAUUUACCAAAGAGGACAUCCCGAGGACUACAAUGAUUGGGUCCGAAUGGGAAAUGAAGGGUGGAGUUAUGAUGAGGUGUUGCCAUAUUUUAAGAAGUCCGAAAAUAUCAGAAUACCCGAACUUAAAAACUCAACCUACCACGGAUUGGGAGGAUAUCUUGAUAUUGAUUAUGCACCAUACAAUUCUGUCUUAAAUCGUGCCUUUAAAGAAGCAGGAGAAGAACUCGGUUACGAAUGGAAUGAUCCUAAUGGAGAAAACGUAAUCGGCUUCUCAAAGCCCCAAGCUACUAUGAGGAAUGGCAGGCGAUGCAGUUCAUCAAAAGCUUUUUUAGAACCCGUUAGAUUUAGAAGAAAUUUAAAAGUUUCAAAACAUUCAACCGUCGUAAGGAUUCUUAUCGACCCCUUAACGAAUAUCGCUAAAGGGGUUGAGUUCAUAAAAAAUAAUAAAAGGAGAAAAAUUUACGCUCGUCGAGAAGUAAUAUUAUCGGCUGGAUCGAUAGGAUCGGCACAACUGUUGAUGCUGUCUGGAGUGGGUCCCAAGCCACACCUUGCAGAGUUGGGCAUCAAUAAUCUAGUCGAUUUACCUGUGGGAUACAACUUACAAGAUCACGUUACGUUCUCGGGAAAUGCCUUCAUCGUCAAUGCAAGCGGGCUUUGCGUGAAUGAUAUGGUAGCGUCAUCACCAACGUCCGCAGCUGCAUAUCUGAUGGGACAGGGGCCACUGACUAUCCCGGGCGGUGCCACUGGCCUCGCCUUCACACAGACACAGUACGCGCAAGACCUGGCCAAAGGCCGACCUGAUAUUGAGCUGGUGAUGGGUGCUGGUUCUCUCGCUGGCGAUCUACUAGGAAUUUUACGAUCUAUGCUUGGUGUCACCGAUAGCUGGUACAGCGAAGUUUACGGCUCACUGCCGCUGGAGGAAAGGCAGCGGUCAUUCGCAAUCAAUCCCGUCCUGAUCCGACCCCGCAGUGUUGGCCGGGUCACGUUACGCUCCGCUAACUUUAGCGACCAGCCGAAAAUACAUCUCAACUAUUUUGAUCACCCAAAUGACUUACAAGCUAUCAAGGAAGGCGUGAGAUUUGCUCAACGAGUCAUAGGUACAAAGGCGUUUCAGCGAUACGGCACAAAAUUGCACAACACGCCGUUCCCGAAUUGUGAAGGCUUUCCUUUCGACUCGGAAGCGUAUUGGGAAUGCGCCAUCAUGCAGACAUCGAUAACGUUGGAUCACCAAGUGGGCACAUGCAAAAUGGGGCCAUCACGUGACCCCACAGCAGUGGUAUCGCCACGACUGCUUGUGCACGGUAUCCAAAGACUGCGGGUUGCGGACGCGUCCAUCAUGCCGAGGAUACCAGCGUCACACACGCACGCACCGGUUGUGAUGAUCGCAGAAAAAGCUUCGGACCUUAUUAAAGAAGACUGGAGAGGCCUUUAGCUUCUAUAAAAACUAGUUCGUUAAAGUACAAAGUACAAACUAAUAAUAUGACUAAAAUAAAGCCUGGAUAUUUUUAUAAGUAGUUCAACCAAUGAGUAGAGAAUUAACAUUAUGACACAGAUCUGGCCAUUUUUUUAAGUAGUUGAUUGUUGAACCACUGAGUAGGGAAUGUUUUCGCUAUGAGUUGGACACUCAAAGGGGAUUACAGGGGAAUCGUUCUAAGGAUUUCCUACAACCAUGCUCUGAAUUCUAAUGCCAAAGCAACGUUGAAGCCGUCUUUUAGUAUGUACAAUUUUAAUUAUUAUAGGAAGGUAAUACUAAAGUACAAUUUUCUAUUUAAUUUUUUUCCGUAAAACAUUGUCUUAACUG